GAAAAAUAAAAUAAAAAUUAAAAAUUAAAUAAUAAUAAUAAUAAUAAUGAUAAAAAUAUCAGUAUGUCAAUAUUUGUGUGUUUGCAAUAUGGAAUGCACCCAGUAAUAUGUGUAAAAUAUGAUAGAAAAUCAUAUUUUACAACCUUUCCUCUGCCUGUCUGAACGCCUCAUCAGCUCUGGGGCGAUAGAGAAAGCGCCCCCAGGAGGCGGGUCUAUGUAGCAGUUAAGCCAAUUGCUAAUUUAAGAUAUGAAUGUAUGACAUUAAAUUCAGCCAAUCAGCGUCCUUAAAUCGAAUUCACGAAGGGCGAUUAUUUUAUCGCCCCAAGCUCGCCUCUGAUAAAAUAAGGACCGGGCGCUAGGGGCGCCAUUUUUACUAGACGACAAUGGCGAGCGCGAACGUUAGUCCUCCAAGCCCAAGACCCAACCCUAACUCGGUGGAAUCUCUCCUCCAAGAUCCAUUUGAGAGGAGAACUUUGUCGGAGAAAGUUCGGGUGAAAGAGCUGGGCCCAGAUCAACCUGACCUUUCAAUUAGACAGCAGGCUAGCGAGAAAGGGAAGCAAUAUAUGCGCGGCUUCUCCCGUAGCUGGUACACCAGGAAGGCUUGGCUAGCUGGGUGCACUCAUGCUAAUGCUUUAUUUUGCUUUCUGUGCUUGCUUUUUAAAACGACGGGGACAGAUCCAGCAUGGACAGUUACCGGAGUGAGAGAUAUGAAGCACCUGUCAGAGAAGGUAAAGAAACACGAGAACACCAGGGCACACAUGGAUAACGCUGUAAAGCUAGCCAUAUUAGGAAGGGUGAACAUCGCUACGCAGCUGGAUGACGGCCACAGGAUUGUGGUGAGGAAACACAAUGAGGAGGUGGAUAAAAACAGGCACAUUUUAUCCAAAAUUAUAGAUUGUGUGAAGUUUUGUGGGGCUUUUGAGUUGGCCUUGCGUGGGCAUGACGAGACUAACUCGGACUCCUCGGUAAACCCCGGCAUUUUCCGGGGCUUGGUGGAUUUUGUUGCCUCCCUUGACAGUGUGCUGGAGGAGCACCUGAAGACAGCUACCGUUUUUAAGGGCACGUCAAAGACGAUACAGAACGAGCUGUUGGACUGCAUGCUGUCAGUGCUUAAGGAUUACAUCCUGGAGGAAGUAAAGAGUGCUGAUUUUAUCGCCAUUCAAGCCGACGAGACGACUGACGUUUCCACCCACUGCCAGCUGGUACUUGUGCUACGCUACAUCGAUGCUAACAGUAACAUCAAAGAGCGGUUUUUCGAGUUCAUUACCAUCCAGAACGCAACCGCCGACACCAUCGCUACAGCGCUGCUGGAGAGGCUCAGCACCAUACUCUCACAUGGACAAAAGGCCAAACUUAUUGCCCAGGCUUACGACGGAGCAAGUGUGAUGAGGGGAGCCACCGGCGGAGUGCAGCGUAAAAUAGUGGAUGUGUACGAAAAUGCACACUACGUCCACUGCUACACACAUCAGCUGAACCUCAUCAUGCAGCAGGCUACUUCAUGCAUCCCCAGGAUCGGCACUUUCUUUUCCGACCUUUCUUCUCCAGGUCUCCCAAGCGAACCACUGUGCUUGACCAAGUGGUUGCCCAUAGACUCCCCAGAGCCUCUACAACACGGUGGAACUUCCACAGUCGCGCUGUAAACACUGUGUACGAGCACAAGGAUGACCUCCUAACGUGUUUCCAGACCAUCAGAGACUCUGGGAACUUUGACCCCCCGACUGUCAGAGAGGCUGGGGGCUUUGUGAGGAUGCUUGAAGAUGAGGCUUUCUGCUUUUUCCUGGCGCUGUUCCACAAGAUCAUGCCAAAUGUGGACAUGCUUUUCAGCCAGCUGCAGAAGAGGAACAUCGACCCUGUCUUCAUUAAAGAACUUGUCCAGAGGUUCACAGACAGCAUGCUAACGAUCAGGGCCUCCAUUCCCUCUUUGUGUGGGGACAGCGCAUCUGACAAGCAGCAGCAGCCCAUAAAGCGACGGAGGAUGCUGGGACCAGGAGAACAACAGAGGCUGGCUACAGAGGUAUGUGAUACUAUCCUGAUUCAUGCCAAGGAGAGGUUCUCCUUCACCCAGCACCUCAUCAGCGCAACACUGUUGCACGGAAAGUUGUUCCCACAACAAAGUGAAGUUCCCCGAUGCAGCGCUUGAAACAACUGUGGAGGCGUACCCGAUGUUUAACAAGGCCAAGCUCAAAACCGAACUGUCCCUCAUCUAUGAGAACAGUGAGUUCAAGGCUUGUAGUGGUGCAGUGCCUCUGUACCAGUUCUUCAUGGAGAACAACCUUCAGAGCACUUUCACAGAGACUGUCAGCCUCCUCAAGAUCCUCAUCACCACACCCAUGACAACAGCUGAGUCAGAAAGGUGCUUCUCUACACUGAAGAGGAUCAAGACCUUCCUGAGAAACAGCAUGGCACAGGAUCGCCUGAAUGCUCUGGCUAUGCUCUCCAUGGAGAAGAAACUUGUCAGGGACAUUCCUGACUUUAAUAAAAGGGUCAUUGAGAGGUUUGCCACUCAGAAGGACAGACGGGCAAAAUUCCUGUACAAAUAAAAUGACACACACACACACACACACACACACACCCCGCAGCACUGACCACAUGUUUUUUUGUAUAUAGUUGACCUUAGCAUAAAGAAUCAUCCAGUUAUAUAUGGUACUCUAGAAAGUCUUAAUAGUGUGUUUGCUAAUAUUACUGUAUAUAUGUUGUUUUGUGUCAAUGAAUUGCUGCAGUUCUGGAGCACAUUAACGAUUAGUUACAUUUAGUUUGAUCAUAAAAUACUGUAUGCUAUUCUUCCAGUCAAAGGUUUGAGUUCAGCCACGUGAUAUCCAUUUCUACAUUAUACAUCCUUUAUACAGUGUAAGAUUUAUUUUAAACUUUAUAAUAAUUUCAUGUUAUUAUCCACUUUCCACAAUAGAUGUUAAGUGUAGAAAUAGUCAAUUGUUUGUUUCUUGUGUUUGUGCAAUAUGAUGUUUAUGUUUUUGUGUAAG